CCGAUGGAAGAGGAUCGCGAGGACGUUCCUUACCAGUCAACAUCAUUUGUGCCGAGGAAUGUAGAACCGCCUUAUCCGUUAUUUACGCCGAGGAGUGUAGAACCUCUUUCCCAGCGUGGGAGGACUAGUCCGAGUCCGACGGACACUAGCAGCCUAGUUGCACGCCGAAUAAAUCUUCUAGCAGAGGGAGACGCAGCCGAAGGUAGCAGCAGCUCUAGAGUUGAAGCUGCAGCCGAAGAACGUAGAAGUACUCGUAGUUCUUCGUCGUCGGGUUAUAUUCCUAAAAAACUGCUGCAUACUGCUACCAAACUAGCGGAGACUGUUAGUCGGAAGAAACGUCUAAAAGAAGAUGUCGUGGUCUUUGUGGAGCCGGAGUUGAAAGGAGGCAGUACUGGCGAGAUCACACUGGGCCUGAAGACAAUGAAGCGCGUUAAGGGCGGAUCUGCUGCGUGUCAAGGAUUUCUCCGAUGGAUUUCUCAAUCUCACUUCACAACUGAUGGAGAUGGAUUGCCUUUGCCUACGAACACUACAGGAUCUGGUGGAGACGGUCUUGAAGGAGGUAUGUCAGGGGUCGUAGUUGAAGAUUUGGGAGAAACCGACACCGAGAAAACGUUGAAGAAUGAAGUUUAUGGCUUCCGCUAAUGCGUCUCCUCCAUACUAUGUAUAGAAGUAAGGAAGUACAAGAAGCGUUUACAACUAUAGAAGUACUAUAGAAGGUUAUCCCUCAUGUCCUUCUAGAAGGUUUAGUAUCCGAUCAAAGAAACAACUAAUACAGAUCAGUGAUAGAAGCUGUAGUACAACUCUCUUCAUCCCCCUGUAGAGUCUCUAGAAGGGGAUGAAUUGGAGAGAGCUCCUCUUCUAAGAAGUGUUUGGUGUCUUCCUUAAUUGGCUUAAGAAAGAAGUGGGCGGCCAGAAUAUGUCUGGAGUUCGCGAGAACAGACCACGCGUAGCAGGACUAUUCACACUGGAGAGCCGCGAGAAGUUCCAGAAGCUAGUGAACUCUGAUGAUGUAACAAAGAAAAUCUUUAUUCUCAACGAGGCCCACUCGGAAGAGGGAAAGCCCGUAGUUGUUGUUCAUCUGAAAGAUGAAUUGCUGAAGGAGAAAGAGAAUAAACUGAUUUAAGGUUUCCACAUAUCCAUCUUCGAGGGCAUCCACCCUGGAAACGUUUUUAAAGGGGAAAAAGGUUUCAGGAUGCGCUUUAGGAUGGAUUCAGGGAAUGUCUAACUGAUGUUGUACAACACGAGGACCGUGCCGACACCUACUGGCGCAGGCGCCUCCUUCUUUACUCCUGUGUGGGUGCAGCUUUUUAUUCAUCUCGGUGACGCAAAGGAAAGGCGCACUCCUAUACCUGGAGGUUUCUUGUUCGAGAAGUACGACAAAAACUGCACUGACAGUGACCUGUUCCACGCCAUACUAGAGAAAAAGCUACAUCAGAAAGACUCACCACUUCCUGCUGUCUAUCACGACCUCAUUGGCAUGGCCAGGUACCAGAGGCAUCCAAUAGUUAGUAACGACGAAGAGAAGAAGAAGAUAACCCGCCUCCAGCCAGGUUCAUACGAUGAACAAACUCUGCACCUGCUGGGCCUCGCGAGGCAUCUCCAGGACGAGGAUCAGGCGGCGACCAUGAUUCUUCUGAUGGAAGUCACGCUAUCUCCGAGCAAUUGCGCGCUUUUGCGGAUCAAAGAAGGGGGCGCCGAAAAGUUCUUUUCUAGUGCUGUACAGACUGCAGCUGAAGGGGGUGCUGCUACCUCCGAAGGUUCGGAUGCUGCUAGCUCCGAAGGUUCGGAUGCCGCAACCACGCACAGCUUCUACGAUGUGGAAAGCUUGCGAAAGAGCGACUCUUUCAUGCGGAAGGUGGUGAAGGACAUUGACGGCCUCGCUUUGCAAUUUGCGUCAGAGUGGCUGCGAAAUGACCGGCCGGCCGUUAUUAACGCACUGUGGCAGAAUCCUGAGGCAUUUCAGUACGCUUCGGAGAAACUGAGAAAAGAUUCCGGGUUCGUCUCGGGUGACGCCCUGGCCAGAGAGCGCCCGGAUGCUCUGAAGCAUGCGCACCCAGACUUGCUCAAUGGCAAGAGCGGCUCUACAUUUGCGCGACAAUUGAUGAGACAAAGCUACGCCGCAGCGAUUAAGCAUCUGCAGAUCGACUCCCUCUUGGAUCCGGGGGUCUUAGACAUUCUCCUCCAGAAUUAAGGGUACAAGAAAUUCAUCUUCACUGUCAUCUUGGUCCCGCUUUUAAAGGGAAGAGGAGACCCAAGAUGCUGCUGAGGCUGGAUUUCCAUUAGUUCUAAUAGAAGCGGCAACCUUACCGCGCACAGGCCCUGGACCUUCUGCUUCAGACCUUUCCAGAGUACUUUGAUUUUCAAAAUACCUUUGCGGCGCCAGCUGGUCGUAUAUCUCUGUCAGAGGAGGUUGGACCUCCGACCGGGUCCCAUCUUCUCAGCCUUUCAGAACGCGUUUUAGCACAUGUAAGUGGCGACGGAUCUACAACUCCUUCUUGGCUUUCCAGAAGAGUACUAGAAGAUCUUCCGCUUGGUUUUCAGGCCAUUUUCGGUCACCGAAAUCUGGCGAUUGCCGUCCUUGUGCUUCGUCCCUCCCUUCUCGCACAAGUUCCCUCUUCUUUCAGAGAGUACCUCGCUCAGGAUGAUGGCGGAAGAGGUGCGCUGGCAGAAGUAUGUGAAAAAAAUGAAGAUGCUCUGAACUUCUUUGAUGCGGACGACCACAGUCUUCUCUUAAGGCUUCCUCUAAUCCAUCUCUAUAGCGUCUAUCCCUCAAGCAUGUGCACCCUAAUAGAUAUCAGGGGGAUUAUACUCACCAGGCAUAUCUUUGAGGGAUUUCCACAUCAGGGAUGAAUUGGGGAGAGGUCUAAUUCUCCUCACCCGUGAAUUCGUCCUUUCGGUAGUAGCCUCGGACGGGCGAGCAUUAAAGUCUGUGGCCCGUUCUCUUCGAGAUGAUUUCGAGGUGGUCUUGACUGCGGUCAGUCAAAAUGGGAAUGCAUUUCAAUUUGCGGGAGAAAGCAUGAGAAACAACGAAGAGGUGGCUUUCGCGGCCGCGAAAGAGGAUCUGAAUGCUCUCGCGUAUGCAGGCGAUAGCAUCGACAAAGAUGCAAUUCGAAACAAACUGAAAGCCGAAGGAUAUCUAAUAAUUCGUUGUCCGGGUUGCGAGAAGCGUCGUGGAGGUUCCGAAACACGUUUCUUGAAAAAAGAGCUCUCUUUAGGUAAACAAGAAGGCAGCGACGGUUCUUGCAACAGCGAUUUAGCAGAGUGCGGCUCGUGUGGAUUACACCUGCAUGGUAAUGCAGGAUGGUGGUGCUUCUGUGGACUGCAUAUUUGUCAAGCCUGCGCUCCACAGCUUGUAGUCGGGGAGGAAGGACCCGCGUCGACAGCGUGUGUAGAAGUAGGCGAGCAAAAGAACGCCUUUCGAAACGCCGCAGUCCUUUCCUGCGAAAGUUAUGGCAAUAAAUGACAAAUACUUAUACUGGAAAUAUCCGAGUUUGAUAGAUGAUAAUACUAUUGGAACUGGAAAUACCCGAGUUGCUGUGACUGAGAGAAGGGACGCGUAGCUUUUAAAGGAUGCUCUUCCUUCACCUUCAGUAUCUCGGCUAUUAUCGUGUGUUACUUGCUUAUUUCAGUUUUUUAUCGCACAUCCACCCAUCUCUCAUCUUAGUGCUGCGCCAUCACCUUUUCCUUUUAGCCACUUCAUGAUCGGCAUCGGAUUCCUUCUACUUGGAGCGAUGUUAGAGUUAGUUCUUUUCACAAAAGAUGAUGUUUGUUGGUUCAUUUAAUAUCAAAAGAAGCUUACCAUUUAGAUCUAGCUCAUGCCAGGCACGUCAAUCAGUCAGUCAAUCAAUCAGUCAGCCAGUCAAUCAGCAAAUCAGAUGGGUAGUUCUAGUUGUCGGUCGGGGGUACUCCUACCUGCUCUAAGAAGUAGAAUGGAAGAUACAGAAGCCGCGGGAUGAAAGUGUGCUCCCGCUUGUGGCCCUCCCAGGAGGAAAGUACUUGCCAGUAGAAGAGCCUCGUGGAGAGACGAAUGGGGCGAUUAUGUUGCCAGCACCGGGAGAGGGCUUAGCGGUGUCUGAGAAAGUAAAUCUUCGGUGGGAAGAGAGUGGAAAGUUGAUAUUUCUCAGGCUCCUUGAGCAGAUCGAGGCGACGGCGUAUGACAUCCAUAAGCACGGAAUGGACGAGGAGGAGGACUGCGACGACGAAAAAUUCGCUGGUCUGUGGGUCGAGUAUUUUCGGGGUAUGGCGCCUUCGCGUAUCGAACCAGGCGAGUACGUUGGAAACGGCGAGUAUCAUGAUACCCGUUACCUUAAGGCGGGUAGUUACCGAAUAUUUAUAGCACGCAUGGGGCAUGGAGUAGCAUGGAGUGCAUGGAGCGCAGAGCUUUAAGGGGCGCAAGAAGCUCCCCCUUUAGCUCCAUGCUACUCCAUGUGAUCCAUGCACUCCAUGCCAUGCGAGCUGUGAAACCUUAUAAAUUGCUCUGGAAUAAUUAUAUCCCUUACUACCAUCCUUGGCUCUUUUUCUACUUGAAAAAGGAGCCAGAGACCAUGUUCUGAGGAAUGCAACCCAUCUGCAGGAGGAGCCUCUAAUUACCGUAUGAGCUGGCCCGAGGGCUACCGGGAGCAUUACCUCGACCCCAGGACGGGAAAUAACGUGCUACCAACCGCGAAAUUCAUUCAAUACGUGUCAAGCAAAGCCAAAGACUUGAAUCUGCCGGAUCGUGAAUUCGGCUAUCCGGCCUCCGUGAUGCCUCCAAGUCCUUUCUGGACGGGGGGUAGCAACGGUUGGUUCGAGUUUUUCGAGGGGUAUUGGGACGAAUGGGAGUGGGGCUCAUCUCGUCCACCUGGAGGAGCUGGAGGGAAUGAAUCCACUUACAAUGGCAAUGAAUCUGCAACGGGAGCCAGUUCAUCUUCAUCACCUACUUUCGUAACAAGGGCUGCGGAAUUCGUCGCCUCACUUGAACGAAGCAAAGACGCGAGUAAAGCAACUUCGCCAGAAGAGGAGCCGAGGAUUGAGGAAGCGAGUAAUGCGAUCAAAGAAGUGGGAGAAGCGUUGCAAAGAAUCUACAAUGAUCAGGCUUCCUCCGCGUCCGCAGACACCAAGAAGAAAGCUUUCAAGCAGCUGUGUCGUGAGUGGCAUCCGGACAAGAACCCAGAACUUAGGGCUUCCCACAAUUCAUCUUGAGAAGCAUCUUUGGAGUAUUUUAUUUCAAGGGGAAAAAAGGUCAAAGAUGGGCUUCAAGAUGAAUAUAGGGAAGGUCUAAAGAGAGAAAAGCAAUUGCAACGAUUGUCUUCCAGUUUUUGGCGCAACAGCAGGAAAGCUUUUUGAACAUGAAAAAGCCAGAGCAGCGUUUUGAAGAAACUUCCUAAUUGUAUUGAACCUGAAAAAUAGGCGAGGGCAGCACAAGCACUCUGAGGAUGAUGAAGGGCCUCUUAAAUAUAAUGUGAUAUUACAUUUCAAGAAGCAUGCUUGUUUUUCUGCUAGAGGGGUUCAGGAUAGUUCUGAUGAUCUUUCACUGGUGUGAUGAAGAUGAUCGCACACCUGCGAGGUGAUGGAGGAGGCUGAUUGAAGAACGCACUUCAAAAAGACACUGCAGCUGGUCAUCUUCAUGAUUUUUGAGAGAGACGACAAAAGGAAAAGAGAGAUUAUCAAAAAUGCGGUCUCUAAAUCAACGUCGAAGUGGUCCUCGAACACUUCCACUUAUUUAAGUACUAGAAGGAUUCGGUGAGAUUGAUCAUUGACGAACGAAACCAAGACGACGAAACGAGCGAAUCUAUGCGAAAAAGCUGGAGGCUAAGUAGUUAUUAGUAUAGAUAAGUACUUGCUUGGCAUUGACUUUCCUCCUUUCGGUUUUGUGUUUGAGCUCAACUACCAGAAAAUCAGGGACAUCGACGGACAGCUCGCUUAAUUACAUUUUCUAGCUAGGUCUGCUCCACCAACAUUAUUAUGUGGUCCAUUGUGUAUAUCUCACUUCUCCAUCGCCUUACACCAAACAAAAAACGACUCCUCAUUGACGAUUGACGAGUGACGACGAAACCAAGACGAGGAAACACGAUACGAAUCUAUGCGAAAAAGCUGAAGGCUAAGUAGAUCCUUUUCUUCGUGAGACCUCAGGAGGCGGAAAUGUGGAACAUAGCACUUAGACAAUUACCUAAAUUGUAUUAUGACCGCCAUAGUAAGCGCUUACUAUAAUACUAGAAAUCCCCUUCCCCCUGCCCCUCUUCUCUUGGAAUUGUACUGCUAGUCCUUCCCUCGAGUUGCUUUGUUUUAAAAAUUACUCUUAACCAUAUCCCAUCCCAAAACAAGCAUAGGAAUUGGCAUAUGGUGCAGUGUAGAGCGGAAAGAGGACACGAUUGCGAAUGAAGGCCUACAACUCGUCCGACGAUCGAUACACAUUGUUCACAUCGGGGGUUACAACUCUAUUUACUUUUACAGAUAUUUCAUUAUACAAUUGGCUUCUUCGACAACCCUAAGCCCGAGUCCUUCAAACCCUAAGCGCUAAUUCUAAUUCUUCUUCCAUUGCGAAUUCGUCAAUUCUUCUAAGACUAGGAGUAGCAGUAAGGGAGCAAGGUUUUAUGUAUAUUCAGAACUAGAACUAGAAGAUUACUAGAUAAUAUAAGUUCUUGCAGGAAAGAACUUUAGCUGAAGAAAGGAAAGUCUUGGUAAACCAAACCUACAUCAAUCUUUUUCAAGAGAAUCGUUCGUCGUCCUUAUCAAGUAGAAGAACACUGAAGCUUCUGAAUGUUGAGGUAUAUUAAGCUUCGAAUAGAAGAUUAACAGAGAGUAGAAAGUCUUUUCUUAGGAAAAGAAACUCCUUGGGACACGAUGAUGAUGAUGAUGAUGAAGAAAACAUCGAAGUAGUACGAACGAUCGUUCUUCUUGAACUUGAAGGACUAUCGAGGUGUGCCUCGGCAAAGCUAGAAAAUACACAGGAAGAGCUAGUAGAGGAUCGCCAUUGCAUCUCAUAUAUAGUUUGAGUUUGUUACCCC